CCCAUUACUUUAAGUCAGCACAGAACACAGGAUUAGUGCAGAGCACUGCAGAUAACAGACAGAGAUGGAUUCCUACGUCAGAGGUCUAUUGUGGGCGACGCUUCUCUUCUCCAUAUUCCCGCUCUUUUACUGCAGUGCGCCGUGCCCCAGUAGCUGUCAGUGUAAUCCUCAUGGUGAAGUUAUUUGUGUUGGUUACACCAUCACAGAAAUACCAAAGCAUCUGCCGGUCCACACCUACACCCUGAAGCUUAAUGACACAAACAUGAACGUCAUAAAGGAGCACAGUCUGGCCCACCAGGACCUCCUGCUGCGUUUCAGCCUGACUCAAAGCCAUCUACAUACCAUCCAUGCCCAGGCCUUCCACGCAGCUCCUCAGCUCAAAUCUGUCAAGCUGUCGUCAAAUGAUCUCUCAACCCUCCCUGCUCGAGUCUUCAGUCCACUUACCACUGUGGAGGAGAUUUAUCUCGAUGGAAACCAGUUAGAAACUCUUGCUCCUGAAAUGUUUGAAGGUCUUUCAGCCUUGCUGAUUCUGGACCUGACCCGCAAUAAGCUCACUGGCCCUGGUGCAGGUGUUUUUGAUGGAUUGACCAAUCUCACUGUUCUUAAUCUUGGCAGAAACAACAUAAAAAAGUUCCCCAAAAAUAUCUUCCACUCCUUGACUAAACUUCGCAGGCUCAGGGUUUACAACAAUGAACUAGAGAGUCUGGAGGAAGGGAUCUUUGACCAACUUACCAGCCUAGAAGAGCUAAUCCUCCAUGGGAACAAGAUUGAAGGUAUUGCACCUCAAGUGUUUUGGUCACUUGGCAAGCUAAAAAUCCUGACCCUUUCUGGAAACCAACUCCAAACUGUCCCGCACAAAAGUUUCUACAACAUGCCAGAGCUAAGCAAACUCACCAUCUACAAAAACCCCCUCCUCUUUCUGCCAAAUGAGCUGAUGGGCCACAUGCCUGACAUGAGAGAGUUUUAUCUCUUCUCCACCAACCUCACCACGGUUCCUGGAAAUGUGUUUGCCAACAUGUCUGGACUUCUGCGACUCAACCUCCAUCUAAACAACAAACUGAGGCAUUUGCCGCCGGAUGUGUUCUGCUGCCUUCCCAAUCUUCAAAAGCUCUCGCUUCGAAACAACAACCUCUUCUACCUUCCCCCUCAGAUUUUCUCCUCACUAACCACUGUUAACACGCUGUUGCUCAAUGAUAAUAACCUGACGCUUCUACCUGAAGACGUCUUUCAGAAUCUAACAAACGUUAUGGCCAUUGAUCUGAAAAAUAACAACCUCAAGUCUCUUCCAGGAGACAUCUUCUCAUCAAAUGCAGCUUUGAGGAUGUUGAAUCUGAGUAAAAAUCCCUGGGAUUGCAACUGUGCUAUUAGGGAUUUUGCUAGAUGGAUAAGAAACAAUCCCCGCAUAGUUAUUGACAUUGACGAUGUGUUGUGUCACAGUCCAAUCUACCAUGUGCUCCGCAGAGUUAAUUCUCUACGAGACGAUGAAUUCACUUACUGUGAUGAAAAAAGAAUCCAAACUUCCCUUUAUGAGCCAGCGAAAACAACACAUGUAAGCAUAACAACAGAGGAAGUCAGAAGGUACCCGACACCGCGCAUGCGUCUGCAUAAGUCUUUGCAGCCGCUGCAUGUCAUUCCGACCACCCCAUUAUCAAAAUCAACAGCCUCAGAAGCCAAAACACAGUUAGCAUCCCUUCCGCCUGCCUCCACAUCCCCCACCAUCCUUUUGGACAUAUUACUAAUAGAACAGGUGCCUGAAUAUGUUCACCACUACCAUCACAGAGGCUGGGUGUACGUGUGGUUUCUGCCCUCUGACACAGAUUUGCUGGGAUUCCUGAUGUUUUGCUACAUCCUUCUCCUGGCGGCAGGCUUGUUGAUCAUUCUUGCAGCCGUGUAUGGAAUGCAUCGCCUCAGCGUGGCAAUGGAGGCGCUGAAAGCUGGGUGUUUCAGGCAUUCCACAAAGAAAAACAAGCUCACUAAGUUUUUGCAUCGCCUCACUGUCAUUCACUACUGGAGGACAAAAAUGGACCUUCCACUGACUCCUGCCGUACUUCUAAUUCUCUGCUCUUUGAGUGCGGUUGUCCUUCCAUGUCCAGAUGGAUGCCAAUGUGUUGCUAACCAAGCCCAUUGCACACACCUCUCCGACUUCCCCAAAACUUUGAACGCUUCUACUAGCCUCCUUGAAAUACUUAAAAGCACUUUUGAUUCCUUGAAACCAGAGGACUUCACUAAUUUCACGACUGCUUUUAGCAAACUCAUGAUUAAGGCAACUUCUUUGAGGGAAGUGCACCCUGGAACAUUUGAUUCCACUCCUAACUUGGUUCAAAUGGUCAUUUCUAGCACAGAGUUGCAGGAUCUUCCUGAGACCUUGUUCCAACAUCUUCAAAAACUGGAUGUGUUGAUUCUUACAGAAAAUAAACUUAUAGUAGUGCGGCCUCAGUGGUUCUCCCAGUUGGCAGACCUGACACAGCUUGACCUCAGUAGGAACUUCAUCAAAUCUGUACCUGUAAUCGCCUUCCAUCCUCUAACAAACCUGCAAAAGCUUUCACUUUCUGUCAACAAUAUCACUUCCCUGUCUCAUGACACGUUUAAGGGUCUUUCUCAGCUGCAAAUCCUGCGCCUCAACAAAAACAUGUUACGGGAGCUUGAAACUGGAAUUUUUGAUGAUCUUGUGGAUCUGAAAGAACUUUCUCUACAAGACAACAAACUCCUUCAUCUUCACCGUGACUUAUUUUCCAAAACUUUGACCCUUCAAAAGCUGUUUCUGUCCAACAACCAGCUGACAUCUCUUUCACAAGGGAUCUUUUUAAAUCUACCCCUUCUUUCCCAAAUCUCCUUACACAAAAACCAGCUGAGGAGUCUGGGCCCUGGGGUGUUUGGGCCCAUGCUUUUGAGACAGCUAUGGCUGUAUGACAACAAGUUGAACCGCUUGGAGGAUGACACGUUCAGGAAUCUGACUCAGUUACAGCUACUGGUUCUGAGUCGCAAUCAGAUCAGUCACGUGUCAGCAGGUGCGUUUAAAGGAUUGACGCAGUUAGGAGAAGUAUCCCUGCACACCAACCUGCUCACAACCAUCGAGGCUGGGACUUUCCAAGAGCUACCUCGUCUGGUCAACAUUUCCUUGGAGCACAAUUUCAUCGAGUCUUUUCCUUUGGGCUUCCUGCAAGGUGUGAGCCAUUUAGGACAGAUUGAUCUACGAAACAAUUCACUCCCUAAUUUGCCAAAGGAGACUCUCGUUGCUCUCUCCGCUGUUAGAGAGAUUCUUCUCCAGCGGAAUCCAUGGAGGUGCGACAGCGAUAUCAUUCCCCUUAGGGACUGGCUCAUACAGAACCCAUCAAAGGUCAAACUAACCAGCGUUGUUUGUGAGACACCCCUCAGUCUGUAUGGUGAGGAGAUUGUCAUGCUGACGGAUGAGGAUUUGAUCCUCCACAGUCCCACUGAACAGACUGUGUUGACCUCAACUGAUAAGAGGAAGAAAUUCAGUACACCUCAGCCCAAACGAAGCACUCCGUCACCUGCCAUCAAAACCACACCCAACUCAGAAACAGAAGACGGCACCAGCAGUGGACAAGAGGAGGAUGGAGAGACCUGCAACAAGACGCCAGUCAUUUUGAUAGUCACUGCAGUAGUUUCCACUUUGGUCAUCAGCGCUUUCAUCAUCAGCUGUGUGUGCUGGAGGAGGAAGAAGAGGGGCAAGGGAGAGAUAGGUCGCCAAAAUAAAAACUCUGUGCUGUAGACUAAAAAAUAAAAUCCUGGAAGUCCUGAAGCUAAGGCUGAAAUAAAUAGUUGAUUCUAUAGAUUAUCAAAAGCUGCUGGAAUGCAUUUAAUCAUAACUGCUUUCAAAUUCACAAUAGUUUCAUCUGCCAGAUUUACAUUUCUCCUCUGUUUUGUUUUUCACUGAAUUACUUCAAUGGAAGGAUAUAUAGAGGAAUAAUUGUGUUUCCUUACUGUAAAAGUGUUUUCAUUGUCAUUUUUGUAAACGCCAUGAAGUCUUGUCUUUUAGUUUUCUGCUGGUUUUUUUUCUUCUUAGCAGUUUCAUAUGGACAUGACAACAAUCCAAUUAGAAAACAGUUUAACCUUUAUUGGAAAUGAGCCACAGAAUAAGAAUGUUAACAAAAAUAAGUUAAUUUUACAAUAGAAGCAUGUCUGUACUAAAUUAAUGCACAACUGUUGUUUGCAGUCUUCCAUUCUGACAAUAAUAAAUAUCCGUUUUUCUACAAAAAAUGCAGAUUAUCUUUAAAUUUUAAUUUAUUUUUUUGCAUACUCUGAUUUAACCAGAAUUUAUUUCCAUCCUGCCUUAAAUGUUAUUGCCAUUUUUGCUUUAAAGAAAUUUUAUUUUCACUUUCUUUUAUCAAAAGGCAUAGCACAGUAAUUGCUAAUACCGACAUGAGUAUUGUGACACAGCUCAGUGGUAAAUGUGGGUAAUACAGGGUAACUUUACUUUAAUAAAGUCAAAUUAGUUGCCAUUGCAAAACAGUCGCCAACAUGUUUGACGACGUUAGUCUGUUGACUAACAGACAACAGUUAUUGUUCCAAGUCGGUCUGAGUCACCCUUUUUCUAUGGCAAUCGCUCUAGCCAAUCAGGAGUGAGCUUGUUGUAAGUCCACAUCCCUCCUCCUUGAAAGCAGGCCACACAAAAUUUGUCAAAUAUUUAGAACUUUCCACUUGGAUUGAUAAUCAUUUUUCAAAAAUACUUUGCACUCCAGAAAAUAUGUGAAAAAAAAUUUGAAUGAGCAAGAACAUGUUACAAAAGGAAGCAGAGCAAGAAUGGUUAUUCUGACAAAUAGAAAGAGUAAAAGCUGUUUAUUUUUCUGUAGAAAUCUAGUCCAGUUCUCAUAUUUAAUAAAUGGCUGCGGCUCAG